AUGGGGAAGAAAGAAGCUAAAGCCUCUUUUGUAGUUAACUUGUACUUGCGCAGUUGGCUUACGGCUCCCAACUGCCCAACACGGGAAAGCCUUCAGGCCGCGCACUCUGGUUCCACCCAAAAGGGAGAUGAUGAUUAUGAAGAUUACACUUCAAAUAAGACUUGGGUUUUGACUCCCAAAGUCCAUGAGAGUGAUGUCACUCUUAUUUUAAAUGGCUUGCUGGAAGGAUAUGACAACAAGUUGAGACCUGACAUAGGAGUUAAACCGACAGUAAUUCACACUGACAUGUACGUAAAUAGCAUUGGGCCUGUGAAUGCUAUCAAUAUGGAAUAUACAAUUGAUAUAUUUUUCGCCCAAACGUGGUAUGACAGACGUCUGAAGUUCAACAGCACUAUAAAAGUGCUCAGAUUAAACAGCAACAUGGUUGGGAAGAUCUGGAUACCAGAUACAUUUUUCCGAAAUUCCAAGAAAGCUGAUGCACAUUGGAUAACAACUCCUAAUAGGAUGCUCAGGAUCUGGAAUGACGGCAGAGUGUUGUACACAUUGAGGCUGACAAUCGAUGCUGAGUGUCAGCUACAGUUACACAACUUCCCAAUGGAUGCCCAUUCCUGCCCCCUGGAAUUUUCAAGCUAUGGCUACCCAAGAGAAGAGAUCAUUUACCAAUGGAAGCGCAGCUCAGUGGAAGUGGGAGACACCAGGUCCUGGAGGCUUUACCAGUUCUCCUUUACAGGAUUAAGAAAUACAACUGAGGUGGUGAAGACUACUUCAGGAGACUAUGUAGUCAUGUCUGUUUACUUUAACCUGAGCAGGAGAAUGGGUUAUUUCACUAUUCAGACGUACAUCCCCUGCACACUUAUUGUUGUGUUGUCCUGGGUCUCUUUUUGGAUUAAUAAGGACGCAGUUCCAGCCAGAACAUCCCUGGGUAUUACAACUGUCCUGACAAUGACCACCCUAAGUACAAUUGCUCGUAAAUCUCUUCCCAAAGUCUCCUAUGUAACAGCAAUGGAUCUUUUUGUGUCAGUCUGCUUUAUUUUUGUUUUCUCUGCACUGGUGGAAUAUGGAACUUUGCACUACUUUGUCAGCAACAGAAAGCCAAGCAAGGAUAAAGAUAAAAAGAAGAAAAAUCCACUUCUUCGGAUGUUUUCCUUCAAGGCACCUACAAUUGACAUCCGGCCUCGAUCAGCCACUAUUCAAAUGAACAAUGCUACACACCUCCAAGAAAGGGAUGAAGAAUACGGGUACGAGUGUCUUGAUGGCAAGGACUGUGCCAGUUUUUUUUGCUGCUUUGAAGAUUGUCGAACGGGAGCAUGGAGGCAUGGAAGAAUACAUAUCCGCAUUGCCAAAAUGGACUCCUAUGCCCGCAUCUUCUUCCCAACUGCCUUCUGUUUGUUUAACCUGGUGUAUUGGGUAUCAUAUCUUUAUCUUUAAAAGCAGAAGGAAAUCAGUGAGAUGAGCCUUACUCACUGAAUUUCUUAGAGAGAUGGUUUCCUAAGUCCACUUGAAGUAUUUACAACGCGCUUUAUAGUGGUCUGAAUUCUUUAGUGCCAUAACCCGGUAAAUAUCAAUCCCAUCAUUUGUCCAAAAAUUGCCAUCAGGUUAUUGUGAAUUAAAUGUCCGUUCAACAUGCCGAAAUAAUUUAAAAUAAAAAUCAUACAAACAGGUAAUAUACAGCUAUACCUGCUGGAAUAGAGAGAAACAGAGUAAACAGGGUAAGGGAAGCAUAGCACCAUCACUUAAUAGUCGGUACUGCUAUUUCAAACAGGAGUGAGAGAGAGGAGAAUUCCCAGGUAAAGUGCUGUACAGUUU